GAGCUGAUCACUUUUGUUGUGGGAUCUUUUACGGUGAUGACGUGUCACGCGUUCCUCGGAGGUAUCGAGUAUGACCUGGCACGAACUUCUGGCAACCUGCAAAACAAGAAUAUUCCCGUAGGAAUAUUCCCUCCGAUGCUUAAGUAAGUAUAUGCUAGAGAGAUAAGUAAUUGGUAGAGAGAGGGCAGAGCAAAGUUAGUGCUAAGUUGGUGGGAAUGAAUUGAUUGUCCCAUUUACCUAGGGAUCUACACUAUUUAUAGUGCUAGGGUUUCUUGGGAGCUAGUCCUGCAUUGAUUGGAUGGUUUCUUAAGAUCAGGACACGUGUCUUGCGUAAAUACUGGGGGAUUGAUUUGAGCCUGGCGGGCUUAUUAGGUGUUUUGGGCUUCUUGUAAUCAGUGGAAAUGGGUCCCUUCCGAGUAAGAGGGCCUCAAGACCUUCUGGAAGGCCUUUUAGGCUUUCUUAAUGGGCCUUUACGGUUUAGCCUAGGUGGCGUUUAUUUUAGGCCACAUCAUUUGCCCCUCAAGGAGGAUGCCCCUCACCCAUGUGGGGUAGGCUGCUUAUCCUGGGAACGUGCCACGUGUGAGGGCUUUUCAGAGCUUAGUUUUUCCUUUAAAACCUUCAGAACUUCUCUCAUUUUCCCUUUGUUACCUCAGAGCAAUUUUCCUAGAGAGAGAAAGCGAAUUCGAUUCGCCAAAGAUCUGCUUGUGCUUGCGUUUGAGUGUUCUUGGAUUCUUGUUCAGUGUUCUUGAGGCUUUAGAACAUUUGCCCAGACUUCUCAUCAGUUUGAUCAUUUUCUGGUAAGUUCUCUAUCAAAACUCUUGUUUUCUAUAUGCUUAUGGGUCUCCUUUCUUUUAUCGUUUAUAGUGUCCUGGGGAGGCGUCCUGUGGGUUAUGACGCCCUUUUCUUUCUUUCUUUUGCUAAAGUCAGGCGUCCUGUUCCUUAUGCAGGACGGCAUGGCUCGAAUUAGGCAAACAGCCAACGUGCGUGCAUGGGCUACACCGCGAGAGAGGGACGAUAGGGUUCCUUUUUUGAACCCGUCUCAAGGAGAUAGGAGUGGAGUCCGCUCCUCUCGUAAUACAGGAGACAGGGCCGUAAGAACAGCACAUUCUUCUAGGAAAAGGAAAAACGUGGCUUGCCGUCCUCGCGUUCCGCACGAGGAUUUUGAAGAUGACUCCUCUAGUUCUUCGGACGAGGAGUUUGUAAAAAAAUCUUCCUCCUAUGGUCCGGGGGAAAGAGGAUGUCAAUUUGUUUCCUUCUGACAUCUUUCCCAGCAUGAAAUGGCUGAGGUAUCUGAGGGAGCAGGGACGUGACUUUGAGCGUUUUCUGCUUCUGCCCCUAGGUUUUAGUCUUAGGAGCCCUCGACCCCAUGAUUUUGUGGACCAACUCUCUCAGGGAGAGGUUGCUGUCUAUACUGCUGCCUUUAGAUUGGGUCUUAGAUUUCCUUUGCUUCCCUUUGUGAUGGACGUCCUAGAGGGGUAUGAUAUUGGCCUUGCUCAACUGACGCCUAACUCUUAGGCAAACGUUUUUUGAUUUAUUGCCAAAUGUGCUUUGAGCGGCAUCACCCCUUCCUUUCCUGCUUUCCUUCGUCUUGUAGUUAUUGCCCCUUCCUCUCGCUCUCCCCAGGGAUGGUUCACCCUUUACAGCCGUGGGUGAUAUAAGACGGUGGUGGGUAAGACCUCUAGCUGGGUUUGGUGGAGGAAGAAUUGGUCUGUUGUUCGAAUGGAAGACCUCUCUCUUUCAAGGCGUCUUUCUAGGUGGAACCGUCGGCCCCGUUAUUUAUCUAGGGAUGACGCCUUCCCCCGCCUUUCGUCAAGGGAUUGGGGACUCAUAAAGCCCUUGUUUCAGGCCGAGAUGUAUCGGCUGUCGUCAAAGAGCCAUGCCUGGGUGCCUAAUGCUUGGCUCCCCCAUGUAGGCCAGUUCACCAACAUAGUCUUUCUUUCGGCCGUCGGUCUUUGUCCCUAUUUAAGUAGAGGUAGUUUUCCAUAGAACAUCGUUGUUCUUUUUUCUUCUACUAACCCUUGGUUCUGUGGAUUUUGCCAUGGAUCGUUUAUCCUCCGAGGACAAGGGCGUAGUGGACGUACCCGCUUGGCUGUCCGAGGUAUACACUAAGGACAUUCUCAAGACCGUGGAGGCCAAGAAGAAGGAAUCCUCAAAGAAGUCCGACGAGGGUGCCUCUGGUGACGUCGCCAAGGAGCCCACUUCGUCAGCUACGAAGAAGCGUCCUGCAUCUUCGAUGGUGGCUCCUAAGCCAAAGCGGCCCUUCUUUAAGAAGAUGGGUACGGCCGAUGCUGCAACAAAGCCGUCGCUGUCAAAACCAUCUGCUCCUCUGGCUGGGGGAGAGGUUCUCCUUAACCAGGCGUCCAUUCCUCCGUCUGAGCAUAAGGAAGUCUCUCCCCAGGUGGACACCGAAGGAGAUUCCGCUGCCAGAGCGGCUGCUGACGAAGUAGCGGCCGACCAGGCUGAGGCUGCUGAAGCCACCACCUCGUCCAAGGAGGACAAGGGUAAGGGCAAGGAGGCUGACGCUCCUUCUACUGAUAACGCCUCCAUGCCUCCUCCGGCUUCGUCGAUUGUUGAUAUGUUCAAACGGAUGCGGCGUGCUGAGGUGGCGAGCAUCCCCCCUUCUGAGGGUUUUAGCUCAGAGGCGAAAGAUAAGAUCCUUUCGGACGUGUAUGCGGCCAUUCCUGAGGAGUAUGUGAGGUCACUUCCCGGGAUUGACUUGGGAUUCUUUGGGUCCAUUCAGUCCCUAGUACUUGAUCUCUUAAUCCGCUGUGCCGAGAGUAGGAACUAUCGCUUCGAUAUGCAUAAUGAGAUGCUCAAGCAUAAGGACCAGAUUGAGGAUCAUGAGAAGUAUGCUGAGAGGACGGCCAGAUUGAUCAACGUGGACGCGGAUGCGAAGAUUAAGUCCGAAACGGACGCUCUGAAGAAGGCUGAGGAGGACGCCCAGAAUUACGAACAGAAAUUGCUGGAGCAUGAGGAGAGGCUGGCCGUGCUGAGAAAGGAGUACUCCUCCGUCUCGGAGCGGGUGACCAAUUUCUCAUCCAAGGUGAACGUCCUGGAGGGUCAGCUCAAGGCUAUGCAGGGUGAGAUUGAAGCCGUGCACAAAGAGGCAGCGAGCUCUUUCAAAUUAGGCGAAGAGUCCAUCUUGGAGAAUGCCCAAAGGGCAUGGGAUCAGUCUAUGGAUGGGAAGGACUUUUCCGGGUUCAAACGUCGCAUCUCCUACCAGAUGGCCGUUUCGACGACUAGACGCCUAGGCUUAGAUCCCCCUGAGUUCGUUAGCGACGGGGAGGAGGAGGACAUGGAGGAGGAAGAAGUGAACUCCCUUGAAGGCCAAGACGUCCAGGACGGGAGUUCAACCGCCCCUCAUCCUUGAGCAGCCUUUUAUGUAAUUGGUUUGAAUGACGCCGUGGGCGUUUGUAAUAACUUUGAUGCCUUUUGGCAUUUAUUUGUGUUGGUUUGUUUGCGCUAUGAGCGCAUGUAUAAACAUUUUGUGCCUUCGUGCACUUGUUUUACUUUAAUUCCAUUUCAGUUCGUUA